AUGCGGCUAAUCUCGCUUGGGUAUAAAAUCGAAACCUCAAAAAACAUGCCCGAACGACAUCGCAAGAAUCGGGAAGACUUGAUAUCCCAAGAAGUCGAGAAUAAAUGUAUAACUUCGCUUGAAUUUCAGCCUGUAAGGGCCAAGAUUAGUAUAGAUUGUCCUCUGCAUCUUUAUAUCCUCUUUCUUCCCGCCGUUCGCGUAGGAUUUGCCGGAUUGCGCGGUUGCUCUCCCCACGCACAUUCGAGGUCUCCCUAUGUUCGACUCUGUCCAUUCUUGCUUCUUCUUUAUCAAGCCAUGCCUGGGCUUUCAGAAUAA